UGCCUAGCAACUGUCAGUUUGACGUAUGUUUGUUGCUUUUCGCAAGUCAGUUUCACGCGACCGCGACGUUAUUUCCAAUUUAAAUGCGUGACCGCGGCCCAUAAAACUUAUUUAGGAAAUGAACUGAGCAAGACGUAAUGUGUCUGACCUCGUAUGUUUCAAUUACCAUUACCGACACCCACGGUUGGAGCGUUGGAUAACCCGAGCAGUCUGUUUAGCAACGAGGAAGUCUAGGUGUAUUGAUCUCACAAGUGAGUCACUAAACUUUUGUUGAGUUUCUUGACCAUCUUGUGUGUCACCUUUCGCAGGAAAGAAAAUGUCAAGACCAGUGGUUCGGCCACAGUGGCAGUUAGCUGCGUUGGCAGCUCAACGCCGUGAUAACGAGCUCAGAAAGGCAGAGGAACUAAAAAAGAUUGCAAACUACUUUGAGGCCAAUACAAACAAGUCUCGGCACCAUGAGCAGUGGACGACAGAAGGGUACUAUGAGAAAGCAAACAAAGAGGCAGUGGAACUGAGUGAAAGGAAAAUACGAGCUGCUCAAUUAGAAGAACGUCGCAAAAAACUGGAGCUGAUGUUGUUUCAAGAAAACAUGCAGUAUCAGCAAGAGUUGAAGACACUGGGUGCACAACCUAAAUACUAUAAAAAUGGUUCCUACCUCAACAAAGUACCCACCUCCACACUGCAAGAGAUCAACCAAGGCAUCAUGGCGAAGGAAGAGCAGCUCAGAAGACACGAGGCUGAGCUGAGACUGCACCACGCGUGGCGAUUGAGGCAACCGGAGCUGAGAGCUGCCAGCUCAUACAUCGCUGCUGGGAAGUGCAAGUCUGCAUGGUUGGAGCAAAUCGUAGAAAAAGAAAUGGAAAAGAAAAAAGAAGAGGAAGAAAACAUAAAGAUUUUGCAAGAGAGAGACGAGGCGUUGCGCCGCCAGAUACAGAUAGAAGAAGAGAGGCUGAGGGACAAGGAGCGACAGAUGAGGGAGCUUCGCGAAGGUCUCGAAGGGCAAAUAGCUGAGUUUUCAGAAAAAGAGUCGAUCGUUAAUAAACUAAGAAAAGCAGAAGAGAGAGAGAAGAUGAUACUAGACGAGCUCCAGUUCAUAUCGAGUGAAAGAGAAAAAGAACACGCGAGACUGGUGGCGGAAAGGGACGCAAAUAUCGUGAAUAUGGGCUUGCACAAGUAUAAGUUGAAGAGGAAGGUGAUCUCUGUGCUGAAGGAGAUAGAGUUGGAUUUGGAUAUGCUGGCGAAGAUAAGAAGAGCUGUUGUAAAGGAUCUAGAAAAAGAACAAGAAAAAUCGGCCAGCUACAAAAGAGUUCUCGACACAGCCCUACGCGAGCUAGAAGAGUACAAGGAUAAGGAGAGACAAAGACAGAGGAACAUCGAAGCUAUGUACGACGGCGAAGCGAGGCAGAUAAACGAAAAACAAGAUAAGCUAUGGACCAAAGAAAGAGAAGCUCGCUCGAUGCUCAUGAAGGAGGUGAUAUCGACUCUGAGAAGACAGCUGGAAGAGAAGAUAGAAGCGAACCGACAGCAGCAGAAGGAGAACGUUCUGGAACGAGAGAAAAUUCUCGAAGAUAUGGACGGCUUCCACCAGGAAGUGAGGUCUAGGGAAAGGGAGACUCAGCUGAAGAACGCAACAUACUCCACCAUGGCAUCUCUCCAGUCCCAGCUCAACAGCCUCCGAGUGCAGCAGCAGCAGGCCGCGGCGGCUAGCGACCGUGAGGCGGCGCGCAGGGAGGCGUGCGCGCGCGAGCGGCGCCUGCGACACGAGAUAGCGCGCGCGCAGCGCACGCACAGCGCCGAGGCUUGGACGUAGCGGGCGCAUA